AUGGUUGAUCAAUUUGUUUCCGCUGAAUUUCCGGAUGAGAAAAAUGACCCCAUACUAUUUGACAUGGUCAGCAAGUGUAUGGUUCACGGUCCAUAUGGAGAUAGAGAUCCGGGUGCACCGUGUAUGGCAAAAGGAAAAUGUACCAAAGGAUAUCCAAAGAAUUACACAGACACAACAACUUUGGAUGAGGGUGGGUAUCCAAGUUAUCGUCGGCGUCGGGAUGGAAGAGAAGUAACGGUCAGAAAUAACAAAAAGACAUAUAAUAUUGAUGUUGUUCCCUAUAAUCCACAUCUAUCAAGAAUGUUCAAUUGCCACAUCAAUGUGGAAAUAUGCGCGGGCAUAAGAGCGGUUAAAUAUAUUAACAAAUAUAUUUUCAAAGGUGGUGAUCGAACUACGAUGGUAUUGGGAGAACAUGACGAGAUUCAACAGUACAUUGAUGCGAGGUACAUUGGACCAGCCGAGGCGGUAUGGCGUUUAUUGGAGUACCAGUUACAUGAAGAGAAUCCGAGUGUACAUCGGUUAUCCGUGCAUCUACCAAAUAAGCAAUGA